GCUUCCGCGGGGCGCCGCCGCUUCCGCGGGGCGGCUCCGCCAUGGCCGCGGGCCGCUCCCCGCCCACUUUCCUGCUGCUGGGGGCGGCAGGCGGCGGCAAGAGUCUGCUGGUGCGGCGGCUGCGCCAGCUGAGCGCCGAGGAGCCCGCGGAGCUAGGCGAGCCCCCGGCCACGCUGCCCACGGUGGGCACCAACCUGACGGACCUGCGGCUGCCGCGGAGGGUGACCGUGCGGGAGCUGGGCGGCUGCAUGGGCCCCAUCUGGCCCAGCUACUAUAGCGAGUGCAGCGCUCUCCUGUUCGUGGUGGAUGCCUCCAACCCCAGCCAGGUCUCCUCGUCCUGCAUCCAGCUGCUCUCAGUCCUCUCUGCAGCGCCGCUCGCCUCUGUGCCCGUCCUGGUGCUCUUCAACAAGAUUGACCUGCCCUGCUACAUGUCCCUGGUGGAGAUGAAGUCGCUGUUCCGCAUGCAGGACAUCGUGUCCUGUGCUACGCAGCCCAUCACGCUGCUGGAGACCAGCGCCCGCGACGGCACCGGCCUGGCCGAUGUCCUGCAGUGGCUUCGGAGCACCCUCAAAGACCCCUGCUGAUCCCAGCCCCGCAGCCCAGGACCAUCCUGCCACCCGAGGAGGUGGUGAAGGGGCAGCUGCCCUGCCAGGCACUGGGAGCAGAACCCAGGAGUGCCUUGGGCUGUUGAUGGACUGGAUCCCUGUGGGACUUGACAGUAAAGCUCCCACCACACUGUC